UCUGGGUCAACACUGGCAUCAAUGCGGCUCCCACUGGUCCAAAGUGUGGGGUUCCUCCUUCAUGGAGCAGGAUGGGGCCCUCCCUGAGGGUGGUCGGAGGGGCCCAGGCUACAUACGGAUCACAUCCAUGGCUGGUGUCCCUGCAGCACAGGGGCUCUCACUUCUGUGGGGGGGCCAUCCUGACUGAGCGCUGGAUAAUGACAGCCGCACACUGCUUCACUUCACGCUCUAAAGAGUUCCUCAGCGGGGUAAGAGUGGUGGUGGGAGAGUUCGACCAGAGAGUAGACGAUGAAGAGGAGCAGGCCUACCUCAUCAAGUCUGUCUCAGUCCACGAGAAGUACCAUCAUGCUUUGCCGAUGAACUAUGACAUAGCUCUGAUGGAGUUGGAUCAGCACAUUGUACUGGGAACCCAUGUUCAGCCAAUAUGUCUGCCUCUGCCUGAUGACAGCCUCCAACCUGGAACCAGUUGUAUCAUUGGUGGAUGGGGCCGGAUGAAGGAAAAGGGCCGUCUUCCUGCGGUGCUGAGAGAGGUCCGGUUAAACCUGGUGGAUCCGGCCAAAUGUAAAUAUGUCCUCCACACGGUCAGGAGCUCAACUCUUCCCCAGAGACCAGCCGGGCCUCAGCCAGCCAUGACAGUUCUGUGUGCCGGGCCAGAGGGGGGGGAGAGAGACGCCUGCCAGGGGGACUCGGGGGGGCCUUUGGUUUGCCCUGCAGGUUCAGGCGAGGGUCGCUGGGUAGCGGUGGGUGUAACUUCCUGGGGGAAGGGAUGUGGUCGGAGCUGGGGAAAGAAUAGCAGCCGCCCCCCCUCCAGGAGAGGAUCUCCAGGGGUUUUCACUGAUGUCAGGCUGCUGCUGCCCUGGAUCAAGAGCAAACUGAGACAGGCUGAUGAGCCGCAGCAGAGACCAUCUUUAUCCAAUCUCUGCAGUGUGAGAGAUGGUCCUGUAACAGACAGUGAUGGUGUAAUCAGAAACCCCUCCCUCCUCGGUCAUCCCUAUGACAACAACCAGUGGUGUGUGUGGAGCAUCAGUGCUCAUCCAGGUUCCAGCAUUCUGCUGGACUUCCUUCAUCUGGAUGUGGAGAGUGACUCUGACUGUCGCUACGAUCGCCUCUCUGUGUCGGCAGGGAGUCACAGGCCGGUUGGGAUUUUCUGCGGGCGUGUCCUUCCUGGCUCAAUUCUUCUAAAUAACUCCCUGCAUGCAACACUUCUCUUCUCCUCUGACAUUAGCAAAGCAGGAAGUGGCUUUGUCGUCCGGCACCGAGCGGUCCAGGGACACUCUAAUCCUGGAUGCGGGACAGUUGUUCUAGUGGAAGAGGAGACGGUUGUCCACAGCCCAAAUUACCCACAAUUCUACAGCAACGACUGUGUCCUGCGCUGGGUGGUCUAUGCUCCAAAGGGUCAUGUUGUCAAGCUGGACUUUGCUGAUUUUCACCUCGAGGAGUCGGACGGAUGUUUGUAUGACUCCCUCUCUGUGCUGGCAGAUGUGGAGGGGACAGAGGAGAUUGUGGUGCUGUGUGGGGGCAGCCCCCCCCCUCCGGUCCUGUCCUACCACAACGUCAUGGUGCUUCACUUCCUGUCCGACAGCAGCAUCACACACAGGGGCUUCAGCGCUGCACUGACAUUCAUCCGCCUCACAGGUGUGUAUCCGCUGUGUGUCUGA